AUGCAUAUUACCUCCAACGUAGCAGUAUUCCUGGACAACAGAAACCAAACAAGCAAGACCGAGAACAACCACAUGCAUAUUACCUCCAACGUAGCAGUAUCCCUGGACAACAGGAGCCAAACAAGCAGGACCGUGAAUAACAACAUGCAUAUUACCUCCAACAUAGCAGUAUCCCUGGACAACAGAAACCAAACAAGCAAGACCGAGAAUAACCACAUGCAUAUUACCUCCAACGUAGCAGUAUCCCUGGACAACAGAAACCAAACAGGCAAGACCGAGAAUAACCACAUGCAUAUUACCUCCAACGUAGCAGUAUCCCUGGACAACAGAAACCAAACAAGCAAGACCGAGAACAACCACAUGCAUAUUACCUCCAACUUAGCAGUAUCCCUGGACAACAGGAGCCAAACAGGCAAGACCGAGAAUAACCACAUGCAUAUUACCUCCAACGUAGCAGUAUCCCUGGACAACAGGAGCGAAAUAAGCAGGGCCGAGAAUAACCACAUGCAUAUUACCUCCAACGAAGCAGUAUCCCUGGACAACAGGAGCCAAACAAGCAGGACCGUGAAUAACAACAUGCAUAUUACCUCCAACGUAGCAGUAUCCCUGGACAACAGGAGCAAAACAAGCAGAACCGAGAAUAACCACAUGCAUAUUACCUCCAACGAAGCAGUAUCCCUGGACAACAGGAGCCAAACAAGCAGGACCGUGAAUAACCACAUGCAUAUUACCUCCAACGUAGCAGUAUCCCUGGACAACAGAAACCAAACAAGCAAGACCGAGAACAACCACAUGCAUAUUACCUCCAACUUAGCAGUAUCCCUGGACAACAGGAGCCAAACAAGCAGGACCGUGAAUAACAACAUGCAUAUUACCUCCAACGUAGCAGUAUCCCUGGACAACAGGAGCGAAACAGGCAAGACCGAGAAUAACCACAUGCAUAUUACCUCCAACGUAGCAGUAUCCCUGGACAACAGAAGCCAAACAAGCAAGACCGAGAAUAACCACAUGCAUAUUACCUCCAACGUAGCAGUAUCCCUGGACAACAGGAGCCAAACAGGCAAGACCGAGAACAACCACAUGCAUAUUACCUCCAACGUAGCAAGCAGGACCGAGAAUAACCACAUGCAUAUUACCUCCAACGUAGCAGUAUCCCUGGACAACAGGAGCCAAACAAGCAAGACCGAGAAUAACCACAUGAAUAUUACCUCCAACGUAGCAGUAUCCCUGGACAACAGAAACCAAACAAGCAAGACCGAGAAUAACCACAUGCAUAUUACCUCCAACGUAGCAGUAUCCCUGGACAACAGGAGCCAAACAAGCAGGACCGUGAAUAACAACAUGCAUAUUACCUCCAACGUAGCAGUAUCCCUGGACAACAGGAGCGAAACAGGCAAGACCGAGAAUAACCACAUGCAUAUUACCUCCAACGUAGCAGUAUCCCUGGACAACAGAAGCCAAACAAGCAAGACCGAGAAUAACCACAUGCAUAUUACCUCAAACGUAGCAGUAUCCCUGGACAACAGGAGCUAA